UUCCAGUGUUGCAUGUUUUGGUGUGAAGAGUGCCUCGUUGCACAUAACAUCAUUAAAAGCAAUAAAGAUCACCGUGUUCUAGGGCUCAAAGACUUUCAAGAAAAGGAUUACGUGGACAUGUUGAAACGACCCUUGUUCUGCUCUAAACAGCUGCACGAGAAAGAAGAACUUAAAUACUUCUGCAAGAACUGCGAAACGGCAGCUUACCAAAGCUGUGUUGUGAUAGAUCAUACGGAUCACGCCAUAUUGCACCUAGAGGAAGAAGCGGAAAGACAAAAGAUGGAACUGAAAUCACUGGCUGAAAUACAGAAGCACGAUUUACAAGCAAAGAUUAACGCUUUGGGUCGACUCGAUGAAGAUUACGCAAAAUUGAUACGACAAAACGAAGACAUCAAGAGACAAGUGCAGACGUUUGUGGACAAUUUGAUUGCAACUAUUGAAGCGAAGAAACAAAAUAUCAUGGCAACGGCGGACGAUGAAACGAAAAGAUUUCUCGAAACUCUAACAAGGCAAAAGACGGAGAUCGAGAGUGAAGUAAAGAUCAUCGAAUCUUCACUGGAAAAAGCUGAUACAAUUCUAAAACGAAGCACACCCGCCCAAUUCGUUCAACUAAAGAAAUCAUUUGAGGAAAUCUUUCCAGGAAUUAAUCAAAGCCAGCCAAAAGACCGUUACCCGGAAAAGCUUCCUGUUUUGGCUUUCGUGGAAAACCCAAAGAUGCUAAGCAAUAUAAACGCCGAAGAAAUCGGAAUGUUGCAAAUAGCACACCAAACAACAGCAAGUCAGUCAGUUACUGAAGGAAAAGGACUUGAAGAAGCAAUUGCUAACCGUCAAGCACACUUUUCUCUGACCACAAGGGACUAUAAAGGAAGACAGUGUUACAAUGAAGGUGACCAUGUAACAGUGGAGAUCAUUGACGAACAAGGACGCGACUGCGCAACGGAAUUGCAAAUAGUUGACAAUAAGGAUGGACUCUAUAAAAUCAGUUAUUCUCCUAGAAAUGAAGGAAGAUGUAAAGUGGCGAUAAAGGUAAACGGGAUACAUGUGCACGGAAGUCAAUUUAUUAUCCUCGUAAAACCAUUUCACUUUAGACCUGUUUCAGCUUUUGGAGAACAGGAUUUGUCGGUUGGAAAGUUUAAUGGGCCUUGGGGGGUUGCAGUGAACGCUAACGACGAGAUCGCUGUAACUGAUCAAAGCAACCACAGAGUUCAAAUUUUCAGUAGUGAAGGAAAGUUUUUAAGAUCAUUUGGUAAGAAGGGUGACAUUGUCGGAGAAUUCAACAAUCCUCGGGGAAUAACAUUUCAUAAUAAUGGAAAUAUUUUUGUAGCAGACAGCUUAAAUCAUAGAAUUCAGAUUUUUAGUGGUGAGGGUGAGUUCGCGGGAAGUUUUGGUGGGAAAGGAAACGUUGACAGUCAGCUUGAUAUUCCCUCGGGUCUGUCUGUAGACAGUGAGGGGAAUAUCAUUGUUGCAGACGUAGGUAAAAAACUUAUAAAGAUAUUUUCUCCUGAUGGAAAGUUUCUAAGGAGGAUAGGUGAGAAGGGCUCUUUUUCUUUUCCUAUCCACUGUAUUCAGUAUGACAGAUAUCUCAUAGUGUCAGACCAUAGUGAUAACUGUAUCAAAGUUUUUGACAGGAAUGGAAAGUUUCAGUACAAGUUUGGAGAGCCGGGAGAAAAAGACGGGGAGUUUAAUUAUCCAAGAUCUUUGUUAGUGAACAAGUCAGGGCAACUUAUGGUCUGUGACUCAAACAAUUAUAGAAUACAAGUCUUUAAACUGAAUGGAAAUUUUGUAGGUAAGUUUGGAACAAAGAAUAAUCAUUUAGGAGAAUUGAUAACUCCACGUGCAUUAGCUGUUCUCAGUACAGGGAGAUUUGUUGUUACCGAUGCUCGUAACCAUCGUAUUCAGUUAAUUGAGUAGUACAGAUUCUCUCUGGUGAACUGUUUGGCUUACUUUAAGCAGAAAGAAAUUCAACCGCUUUCUACAUAAAUUAAUUGAGUUAUAUAUAUAAUUAACAAAUGGAGGUAAACAAAGUAAUAAGGGAGAAAUGAAAAUAAAUUCUUUGGUGCACAUAUCCGUAAAUUUUUAGCGGAGUGGUAGGACUGAAAAAAGGUUAAUCAAACCCAGUAUGUACACCUGUGAAGCAUUCUGAGCGCAUUGCUACUGGGAAUGUUAUGUCUACAUAAUCAAAACAUUUGGUAUUCAUUAUUUUAACAAACGAAAGGUUGUAUUAUUCAUUAUGCAAAAGUGUUUUCACUUAAAGUGGAAUUAAGAUUUGAAAAUUUGUUAGCAAAUUGUUAGUAAAUGUUUUGUAGAUAAAAUGAAAAAAACAUGUAAGUUGUAGAAAGGUUCUCUCAAAGAACUUUAAACCCUUUUUUAGUGGUGUAUUUUGUAAGUGCCUUGAGGUCUUAGAAAUAACAAGGACAUAGGAUUUCUGUAUAUAGUAAGUAUUUUAGGUGAAGAGAAUUUUGAGUAAGAGAUUCAGGUUUGACUGAAUCAAAGUAAUAUGUUCAGUCAAACACAGAAAAUACAUUAAACUUGAUAAACCAAGGGCUGUAUCAGCAUGUGAAGAGUGGCCAAGUUAUUGCGGUUAAUUUUGUAUAUGAAUAAUUCAGAGAACAUGUGGAUGGCUUUCAAUUUUUCAGCCAAAAACAGAACCUUGUCCUUAAAUAUUAGUAGCUAUCAGAUGAAAAAUAGAUUUAACUCAAGAAAGGAUUAACCUGCCAUUCCAAACUGGAAAUCAUUAUCAUUAUUUUGUACUUUGGAACGUAAGCAGACUUCUUAAUACUUGUAAGUUUUUACAGAGUGAGUUUAUAGUCAUCUGAUUCAAAUUAAUUUCAAAUAGCGACUUAAACAAAACAUAAACUUCUUUACUUCAAAUGCAGCAUUGCCACAUGACCCAUAUGAAUAUUUCGUAUGCAUCGACUUUCAUGCAAAACUUGGAUUCGCUGCUAUCUAAUUCAAUGAAAUUUGCGAGUGUUUCUUCAUUUGUCUCGUUGCAGUACUGUUAUCACAAUUACACGAACUGUAAUUGUACACUGAGGGAUAAAGCUGUAACACUUUCUUCGGGUCCGUUCCUUCAUCGUCGUCAUCAUCAGGAUUACAAAUGGAGCGAGCGUUCAACAGCUUUACAAAGUUAUCUACUCCACCUGGAAGCAAA